AUGGCAGUGCGAGGAGCUCCAGCGAUUGCUAUCGCUGCUGCUCUUGCGCUGGCUGCAGAAUUGGUUAACCAGGGAGGGGGAGCACAGUUCGAAUCUGCACAGGCAGCAUACCAGAAGAUCACAGAACAGCUGGAGUACCUGGUCACCAGCCGGCCGACGGCGGUGAAUCUGCAGAUAGCAGCGAACAGGCUGUCUGCUAUUGCGAAGAAGGAGGCCUCAGUGGAGGGUGGGUCCGGAGUCAGCGUGACCAUUGCUGUCAUCAGCGCUGCCGAUGCAAUGUUUAAAGAUGACAUUACAGCCAAUAAGACAAUGGGGAAGCUUGGGGCGGAAGGCAUUUUGGCAGAGCUGGCAUCGCGAGGCGGCAGCAGCGGGGCGGGCGUGCGCGUGCUGACGCACUGCAACACUGGCAGCCUGGCGACGGCCGCGUACGGAACAGCGCUGGGCGUCGUGCGCGCUCUUCACGCUGCCGGCCACCUGCAGCACGCCUUUUGCACGGAGACUCGCCCCUACAACCAAGGGUCCAGGCUUACAGCGUACGAGCUGGUGCACGACGGCCUGCCGGCAAUGCUGAUAGCCGAUUCGGCGGCGGCGGCGCUCAUGGCGCAGAGAAAGGUGGACGCUAUCGUGGUGGGCGCGGACCGCAUCGCCGCCAAUGGCGACACUGCCAAUAAGAUUGGGACCUUCUCCCUUGCAGUCAAUGCUGCUCACCACGGGAUCCCCUUCUACAUAGCGGCGCCGACCAUGACCGUGGAUCCUUCACUGCCAGACGGGACGCUGAUCCCCAUCGAGGAGCGCAGCUCCACAGAGCUCACGCAUCACCAGGGCCAGAGGGUGGCUGCACCCGGCAUCAAUGUGUGGAACCCGGCCUUUGAUGUGACGCCGGCCAGCCUCAUCACGGGCAUCAUCACAGAGCAGGGCAUCAUCCAGCAGCGGGACGGCGCCAUAGAUGUGAACAGCUUCCUGAGGGAGCAUGGCCUCUUGGAAGCAGAGGAGUCCCGAGAUAACGGGGCAGUCACCAGCGUGCCUACCAGCAAGAUCCCGGGCUUCAGGGCGCUCAAUCUGGAGACAGUGAAGGAGUAUGUGGCCGAGCGGCCGGACCUUGGCGAACGUGUUGGCCCCAGCGGCAGCAAAGACUCCUGGACUGUGAGGGAAGUGGGAGAUGGCAACAUAAACUUUGUGUACAUCGUGGAGGGCCCCAGUGGAGCUCUGGUGGUGAAGCAGGGGUUGCCCUACAUUCGCAUCGCCCACGACUGGCCCCUCACCCAGGAGCGGGCGAGGUUUGAGGCGGAGGCGCUGCGGGAGGAGGCGCGGCACUGCCCAGAGCACAUCCCAGAGCUGUACCAUUUUGACGCCGCGCUGUGCCUGCUGGUGAUGCAGUACCUGCCGCCGCCACACCUGGUGCUGCGCCCCGCGCUGACGGCCGGCCACAGCUUCCCUUCUCUGGCGCGCCACAUCGCCCACUUCAUGGCGACCACCCUCUUCCGCACCUCCCUGCUCGCCCUCGACUCCAAGGCCUGGCGGGAGCUGGUGGGCAGGUUUGAGAACAUGGACAUCUGCCGGCUGACGGAGCAGGUCAUCUUCACGGACCCCUACUACUCCGCUCCUAUGAACCGCCACACCUCCCCCCAGCUGGACGACCUUGCAGACGCCUUCCAGCAUGAUGUGGCCGCCAAGGCUGCCAUCGCUGCUCUCAAGGCGAAGUUUGUGCAGCAGAGGCAGGCGCUGCUGCACGGAGACCUGCACACAGGCAGUCUUAUGGUGACAGCAGACACCACGUACGUGAUCGACGCGGAGUUUGCGUUCGCGGGGCCCAUCGCCUUUGAUGUGGGCAAGAUGGUGGCCAACCUGCUCAUCGCUUUCUUCGCCGGCGGCGGCCUGCAGACGGCCGAGCAGCCGCGCACCGCACAGCGGCGGUGGCUCCUUCAGGCGACUGUGGAGAUGUGGGAGCUGUUCAAGACUGAGUUCAGGGAGCUGUGGAAUGCGGCGCUAAAGGACAAGAAGGCAGGCGACCUGUGCCCUGCUCCCCUGUUCGGCAAUGAUGCACCGGCCGGCCCUGAUGCUCUUCAGGCGGUGCAGGAGGCGUUCUUUGCAGGCCUGCUGCCUGACGUCCUGGGCUUUGCUGGAGCCGUCAUCAUCAGACGCAUCCUGGGCAUCGCCCAUGUCGUGGACUACGAAAGCAUCACAGACGUGGAUGCCAGGCAUCCGGGCGGUGCCGGGGCCGCUGCGGUGGACAUACUGUCGCCGCAGAGCCUUCGUGUGCUGGUAGUGGACAGUAAGGCGUCGGCCAGGCAGGAAGUCGUCGCCCUGCUGCGGAAAUGUACCUACCAGGUGAUGGAGGUGAAGAGCACAGCAGAAGCGCUGCAGCUGCUGAAGGACCAGCAGGCCAGAGACGGCGCACCCGGAGUCGACCUGAUCUUGAAAGAGCACGACCCUCCGGCUGCGAACGCGUGCCGUCUGCUCAGGCGGACACUUGAGGAUGACGUCCUCAGGACCGUUCCUGUAGUUGUGAUGUCCUCCCAGGAGGAUAGGGAUGUCAUGGUGGCGUGCCUGCAGCUGGGGGCAGCAGACUACAUGAUCAGGCCCCUGCGGCACAACGAGCUCCGGAACCUGUGGGCGCGGGUGUACUGGUGGCGAAGGGCGUUCUACCUGCAGCAGCAGGCAACACACGCACUGGGCGCCAAGGAGCAUUCUUUGCCCGGGCUCAAGCUCCGCUACUAUCCCAGCCUCUCUCAGAGCUCGGAUGAGAGCGAGGAGACGAAACGUUGUCAGCAGGCGCUGAAGCCGGUGAACAGGGAAGAGAUGGAGCGAUCUGGGGAGGGAAGCGCCCCCAACGGCAGUGGGAACGGCGGCGCAAAUGGCAGCGGCAAUUGCAGCAAGGAUGGGAACGGCAACAGCAGGGUGCAUCCCGGCAGUGGAGGCAAUGGCAACGGAAACAGUGCCACGAAGCAGUGUGAGGGCAGCAAUCAGCCCAACGGCGAGUCUGGAAACAACGGCAAUGGUGACUCUGCUACCAAGGCAGGCAACCUGCACUUUGGCAAUGGCAACAGCGGCAAUGACGCUUCCACCUCCCGCCAGGAGGUGGCGGCACUGCAGGGCACAGCGCAGGGCGGCAAGCGGUAUCGCAUGGCACAGGAGGCGGGCGCAGAGAUGCGCGGAGCGAAAUGCGAGGGGGGUGCUGAGGCAGGCAUGGAGCCCAAGCUGUGGCCGGCCGACGGCGUGCGCCCCGUGAAGCUUUACCGCGGCGGCCAUUCCCGCAGCGACGCCGUCAAUGACAACGGCAAUGGCGUUGUGGGCUCCACCACUGGUGGCCAGGCUGCUACUCUUCCAGGCAGCAGCAGCCGUCAGGACAGCAAGCCCAACGGCACGAACGGCGGCGACGGCAGCAGCGGGCAGGACACGGGCAACGGCAAUGGCGCGAUGACGGCCAAUGGCAAUGGCGGUUCCACGUCCCAUCGCAUGGAGCUGCCUAGCAGUGCCGAGGGCGCCCAGACAGGCGGCCCCCAUCAGAGCACACGGCUGCAUUCAGAGGCGGGUGGCUUCCGCGCGUACAUCGGCCAGGCGCACAAGCGCAAGGCGUCGGAGAUCGCCACCGUAUCAGAGGUGCCCCUGAAUCGUGCGAGCAGCCAGGCACUGGCGCGCAACUCCACAGCAGCCCCGCGCCCAGCCGAUUGCACAGAGGCGGGGUCAAUGGCGCGUGCGGGCGGUGCGGCAAGCAACACCCUCGGGCCGCAGACGACGGGGUCGACGCCCACAAGUGCCAGCGAGGACACGCGCAUGGUGGGCUCUGAUGGCAAGGGCACCUCCAUGCCCCUGCGCCUAGGCUCCAAGUCCGGCUCUCUCGACCAGGUCCAGGUCCAGUGGCCGCACAAUGAGAGUGCGCAGAUGCAGCAGCGGCUGCAGGCUUCAGCCCAGAGGCAGAACAGCGGCCCAGCCCCACAGAUGCCGGGCUUCAGAGGGCCCGGCAACUUCAACUACUUUGGCAUGCCACCGCCGAACUUUCCUAUGCCAGGCCCAUUCUGGCCGGGCAUGCCCAACCCAAUGGGGCAGGUUUCUGGGCAGUCCAGCGGGCAGGGGUCUGGCCAGGGCGGCUUCCAGGAGGGCAACCCACAGUUCGAUGCUUUCUUUGGACCCUUUGGUGCACAGCAAAUGGCAGCGGCGAUGGCGGCUGCUGCGGGAGCGGCAAGCACUGGCAAUCGUGAGAGGGAGGCAGCGGCUGCGGCAGCACAGCAGCAGCAGCAGCAACAGCACCAUUUCGCAAUGAUACUGCAGCAGCAGCAGGCGCAGCAGCAGCAGAUGUUCCUGCAGCAGUACGGCUUGGCGGCCAGCAACAUGAUGCAGCAGAUGGCCGCGGGUGGCCCCUGGCAGCAGUCCAAUCGGGCGCAGCCGGGCAGCCCGUCCGCCGCCGCCGCCGCACAGUUCGCCGCUGCGUUCCCCUUUGGCAACCCCAACGGCAGCGGGGGUGCGCGCUCCGUGCCAAGCUACCCCGCGCACCCGAUGGCCUCUCGUGGCGGCCCCAUGCAGCAGUAUGCGGCGGCCCGCGCGGCCGCGGCCGCCACCGCAGCCAGCAAUGGCGCGCGGCCGGGUUUAAUGCAUUCGGCGCCGGCCGCCGCGGCAGGAAACGCCGGCGCGACGCAUGGCGGUGCCGGGGUGAAUAACGGCGCCACCUCGCGUGCGCCCCCGGGACUGCAGCAGAACGGCACGCAGCAGAAUGGCGCAGAGGAAGAUGCUCAAAUUGGCGUGAAGGCCGAGCAGGGUGCCGAUGUGCUGACCAGUGGCACCGCGAAUGCCACUGGCAGGGAACGGCGCAUGCAGGCGCUGCACAAGUACAAGCAGAAGCGCAAGAACCUGAACUUCACCAAGAAGAUCCGCUACGAGAGCCGCAAGCAGCUGGCGCAGGCCCGGCCGCGCGUCAAAGGCCAGUUUGUGCGCAUGGCGUCCGGCGCCAUCGACGCUGACGCUGUAGAGGCCGCCGUAGAGGCGGACGCCGCUGAGAUGCUGGGCGAUCUGCCCAAUCUGGCCGCUGCCGCCGACGCUGCGCUGGCCGCUGCCAAGGUGGCUGCCGAGGAUGAAGGCAUGGAUUUCCAGGAUGACGAUGAGAGCGUGGACAAUGAAGAGGAGAUCAAGGAGGAAGCGGCGGCCAAGUGGCAGGCGGGGGCUGCGCAGCCACCAGAGGAAGACGAUGACGACAAUGUGGUCAACAGCCCCCAGGACAUCUUCAACCGGGUGGCUGGCCCAGCCAGCAACAGCCAUGGGCAGCACAGCGGCUCGCGGCUGCAGAGCCACGGCAUAGCAAUGCACCCGCACAGCAACAGCAACAGGACGGCGUCGCCCGUGGUGGUCUCAAACACCCACGGCAAGGUUGCUGUAAACGGCAACGGCUCCUCAGAUAGCGGGUCAAACUCUCCUGACAUCAAGGAUGGCCCUGGGGAGUCGCCGGAUGCAGAUAUGGAGCAAUGAAAUAGGCUCACCCUUGCCGGGCACACCUGUACACAAGCAGCAGCGUCUGCAGCAGUACUGACUCGUAUUAUUUGUCAACGAUCCCAUUUUUCGUCGAUCUCAUGCAUGCAAAGCGCGCCGUUGGCGUCACUGACAUUGGCAGCAAAGGAGACAGUUGAGACGGAUGGAGGGUGUUGAAGAAUUUGAAACCAAGUCUGUUGAGGUACGGUGGGAGGGCGUUGGGCUGCUGACCUUGGUGGUCAGACAUUAGAGGACAAUGCCGCGAAAACAAAAUAUGCAGCUCUUCAUGAGAGCGCCUAUCACACAUACGAGCAGUCCUUUUGAGUGUCUGGAUCCCACAGUAUUGAUGGUGUCUAGGUGCACAGGGAGAGAGCAUGUCAACACCUGGUGCACUGCUGCACAGGGUUGAAAGGAAUACAAUGUUCUGAACAUCGCGCCAAACUUUCGUUUUUCUUCGAGUGGAUUGGGUAUUUGCCGGACCAGUGUUUGAGAGUGGCCCUGAUGCCUGCUGUGUCAGGAUUUGAGAUGUGUGUUGUCUAUUCACAGUGUUUCUUUGCUUCCAUUCUUAUUGCUGACCGUCAAGAAGAGUCAUGCGUGUCUCGGUCAUGCCUGCAGGCGCAAUUGCACUCGCGCUCAGUCUUUUACACUUUUUGUUGUGCACAGCAGCGAUUAUGAACAGAUGGAUCAUGGAUGUAUGGGGCAACUCAGGAAUCAGAAAACGCACUGAUCAGGGCAGUCUGUACAUAUCUCAACCCCAAAUGUUUUGAGGUCGGUAUGUUUAUGCAUGCAAGCGUUUGCUGAUUGUUAGCUGGUCAUGAUCGGGGAUUGUGUUGAUGCUACUGCUGCAACAAUGAAUGUGUAAUUGAUCAUUGG